ACACAUAUGACGACCUUGAAACCAUAAACCGUUUAUAUCCACACAAUCGUCCAAGGUCGACGAAACUGAAGCUAAUCAGACCGGGAAGAGAUUUUAAACCGUUCUCUCAAGGCUGCUAAGAAAACUUUUCCGGAAAACACUGCGCCUUGGAUCCCCUAUCAGUUCUUCAGAAAUGGGUUCUAAUACCAGUAGCUCUCAACCGAUUUAUGACGAUGGUGAUGUGUCAAACAUUUCCACUAAUAUCGAGCCAUCUCGCCAGGCAUCACUUUAUGAAAAACGAGGAAAGGUUAAGAUCGGAUUCUGCGAAAUUCCUCUAUUCUGGGCAAAUUUGUUUUUUGCAUUUCUUGCUGUAACCGGACAAGUCGGACAGAAAGUCUCUCUUCCGCUGUGGAUCGACUCCGUAAAUGGAAAUGAUUCGGGAAAAUCAGUGGACAGUUACUUUGUGCUUUCCUUUUCAAGUUUGUCCUUUGUGAUAAUCUUUGGACUGGGAACGUUGUUCAUAAAAAUAUUUACACCGCAAGAUCUCGGUGAAACAGAAAAGCGUUUUCCACACCUUCUGCUCUUCUUGGUUGGCUUCUGUAACGCCUUGAACGGAGCUUUGGUAGUAUUCGCGAGUAAAGGAUCACGAACACCGCCAUACCUUCAAGCGAUUCUUGGAAACUUUAUGAUCCCUUUGACUGUAUUAUUCAGGAUGCUGAUUGUGCGUAAGAAGCCCACCUUGCUGAAGUUGUCCUGUAGUAUCAUCAUGGUUGUUGGUCUUUUUAUUUGCCUCAUCUCAACAAUUUUUCCCGAGGUUGAUCCCGAAUCCAAGGAAAGAAAAGACGUGGCUCAAGGUGUUUCCAGAGUAAUGUGGCCCAUUAUUUUCAUGCUUGGCUUCGCUCCUUUAGCUGCCAUGAACGUAAUCCAAGAGAAGGGAGUGAAGAUGGAAAAUAAAUCGUCAAAGAAAGGGAUCAAUCUGUUGUAUUUUCUAUUCUGGACGUCCUCAUAUCAGCUGCUCUGUGUGGGAGUUUUGUUUUGGUUGGACGUUCUGCCGUGGUAUGGAAAUGUUAGCAAUAUCCAAGAGUUUGGGGAAAAUUGGUGGUUUGGUGUUCAGUGCUUCUUUGGAGGAGCAGGUUGUGACUUCACGUCAGGCACCAGAGGAACUUUGUUUAUUCUUAUGUACGUUUUAUCUUAUGCUGGAGGAGCUAAUCUGCUGAGACACACCGAGGGGGCCACCUGGCUGGCUAUUGUCAUGUCACUCGUCACUCCACUGGGAUUCAUUUUCUGGACUUUGUUCGAAGAAUCACCAUUUAAAUGGCACCCCGCGGGUCACGUAAGCACCUGGUUCAGUAUCGGCGCGUUAGCGAUCAUGGUUCCCGCCAUUUUUGUUUACAACAUGGGAGCACCAGAGAUUUCACUAGACACGAAUGAAAAUCAAAGUGAGGAGUACAACUCAGGGCAACCUCUUCUCUCGAACACAGAAAGCAGACAGUCACCGAGCUAUAACGCAUUAAAGACUUAAAAAACCGUAGCAAUGAGACCCGCGCUUCUUCAUUACACGUGUAGGGAAAGGGACCAAACAAUGAGAGAUUGUUUCAAGACUGCUUGUAAACAACACCAUUUGUAAACAGUUCUUACAAUAAAGGGAACAAUGUAUGUUUUA